AUGGAUGGUGUUCUCGACGAGAGGUUGAUAAUGAUAUUGAAAAGCUCUGUAGAGGCCCUUCCUGGUGUGGAAAACAUUAAAUUCAACUCUGAGCUACACAAGGUCACCAUCUCAUACAAGCCUGACCAGACAGGUCCCCGAGACCUCAUUGAAGUCAUCAAGUCAGCCACAUUUGGUAAUGUCAAUGCAUCAAUAUAUCCGGAAGCAGAUGGAAGGGGCCAACAUAGGUAUGGGGAAAUCAAACAAUACAGGCAGUCUUUCAUGUGGAGCUUAAUAUUCACCAUUCCAGUUUUUCUCACCUCCAUGGUGUUCAUGUAUAUCCCUUGGCUAAAGGAUGGGCUGGAAAAAAAAGUUAUCAACAUGAUGAGCAUCGGUGAACUAUUUCGGUGGAUUUUGUCAACACCGGUCCAAUUUGUUAUCGGUGGCAAAUUUUAUGCUGGUGCUUACAAGGCAAUGUGCCGUGGCUCACCGAACAUGGAUGUCCUUAUUGCUCUAGGGACAAACACGGCUUACUUCUACUCAGUUUACUCAGUUCUUCGAGCAGCUACCUCUGAGAAUUACAUGUCAACUGAUUUUUUUGAGACUAGUUCCAUGCUCAUAUCAUUUAUCCUUCUUGGAAAGUACCUUGAGAUCUUGGCAAAAGGAAAAACCUCUGAGGCUAUCGCCAAGCUGAUGGAUCUUGCACCGGAAACUGCAACACUUUUAAUGUAUGACAAUGAAGGAAAUGUGGUAGGAGAGAAGGAGAUUGACAGCAGGCUAAUUCAGAAAAACGAUGUGAUCAAAGUAGUCCCAGGUGGAAAAGUUGCUUCUGAUGGAUUUGUUAUUUGGGGCCAGAGCCAUGUGAAUGAAAGCAUGAUUACUGGAGAAUCGCGACCAGUAGCAAAGAGAAAGGGUGACACUGUAAUUGGAGGGACAGUGAAUGAGAAUGGCGUGCUCCAUGUCCGGGCUACAUUUGUGGGAUCAGAGGUGCACUGGGCACAGAUUGUAAGGCUAGUUGAGUCAGCACAAAUGGCAAAAGCUCCUGUCCAGAAGUUUGCUGAUCAUAUAUCUAGAGUCUUUGUUCCCUGCUUUCAGCUCGCUCUCCAGUUUGGGAUAUCAGUUAUGGUGAUCGCCUGUCCUUGCGCCCUUGGGCUGGCUACUCCAACUGCUGUGAUGGUUGCAACUGGAGUUGGUGCUUCACAUGGUGUUCUGAUCAAGGGUGGGCAAGCUCUGGAGAGUGCACAGAAGGUCAACAGUGAGCACCCCAUGGCAAAAGCAAUAGUGGAGCAUGCGAAAAAGUUGCAUCCAGAAGAAAACCACAUUUGGCCUGAAGCAAGGGAAUUCAUUUCAGUAACUGGGCAAGGUGUCAAGGUGGAGAUUAUGAUAUCAUACCUCAAGUCCAUGAAUGUGGAGAGUAUAAUGGUGACUGGUGACAACUGGGGGACAGCUAAUGCUAUCGGCAAAGAGGUUGGCAUUGAAAAGAUUAUUGCCGAAGCGAAACCAGAGCAGAAGGCUGAGAGGGUGAAGGAACUUCAGCUGUCUGGAAGAACCGUGGCGAUGGUUGGUGAUGGAAUCAACGACUCCCCAGCGCUUGUCUCUGGCUGA